AUGCCAGACGACAAAGUUGACAGUGAUUUCAUCGACUAUGUGGAACCCGAGGAGAGCCACUCCGUGUCCACGUUACGAAAAUCCAUUUCACAGUACUGCGCGGUACUUAUCGCGAGUCUUUUGGCAAUCACUUACGGAUUCAGCGUUGGAUUCACGAUCAUAAUAACUCACCAAUUGCAAAACGACACGAGAAUCACUCAUGUCACGGACAGUCAAAUAACGUGGAUAGGGAGUAUGAACUAUUUCUCAACACCCCUGGGCGCGAUGGCCGGGGGUGCUCUGGCCCAGCGUUUAGGUCGCCGGAACACCCUCCUUCUGCUCACGAUCCCUUACUUCAUAUCGUGGAUGCUGAUCAGCUACUCGAGUACCGUGAACGAGAUCCUGAUUGCCUUUAUCGUCAUAGGCACUGCCGGUGGUAUCGUCGAUCCCACGCUUCAGGUCUACGCGACGGAAAUAAGCGAGUCACGGCUCAGGGGCGAGAUCUCGUGUUUUAUUACCACGACCAUCAUGUUCGGCGUGUUUUUGCAGACCAUAGUCGGUAUGUUUGUCGAUUGGAGGAAUUUGGCCAUGUUUUGCGGCUUAGCACCGGCCUUUGGUUUGCUGCUCAUUGGCUUUGUACCCGAGAGUCCGUAUUGGCUCGCAAGCAAAGGUCGACUGGGCGACGCCAGACAAGCGCUCUGUCGCCUGCGCGGCUGGACAACACCUCAGAUGGUACGACACGAAUACGAUCAAAUCCUCCAGUCUACGGUUGAUCUCAACUCGUCCUACAAACCGCCAUUCUUCUCCAAAGAACACUUCAAAAGAAUGUCACGACCAGCGGUCAGAUUACCGUUUAUCCUCGUCAGUUUUGCCUUUUUUGUGUCCUGUUUCAACGGCACCACGAGCAUUCUCACCUACGCCCUCGACACUUUUGAACUCCUCGAGUCACCGAUCAACAUACACACGGCCACCAUCAUUUUCACGGGACUGCAAAUGUUGGGUUCGAUACUCUUGUUCUUCAUCGUUCCCAAAACUGGCAAACGAUGGCCGACCUUUGUAUCCCUCAUCGUUGCCGGUUCCUCUUUUCUCAUUGUUUCUGUCUACGUGUUUAUGCGCAACCAAAGGUUCUUCAAGGUGAGCUGCAAUCCUUGGCUAAAGUGGAUACCACUGUUGGCACUCGAGAUAUCAGUGUUCGCCACGACCCUGGGUAUCGAAACAACCCCGUGGAUCCUAGUGGGCGAAGUUUUUCCGGGAGACGUGCGCGCCUGUGCCACAGGACUCGUCACCUCCAUUGGCUUUAUCUUUGCCGCAGUGGCGAGUAAAAUCUUCCACUCGAUGCUCUCCGUUUUAACUGUCUCCGGGACGUUUAUGUUUUUCGCAACGGUCAAUUACGUUGGUCUGGUCGUGCUUUAUUACUUUAUGCCCGAGACCGAGGGAAGAACCCUUGCUGAAAUUGAGGAGCAUUUUGCUGGCAAGCAUAAACUUGACGAUCCAACCACCGGACCCGAGGGUACUGAGCUAAUGCCGAUAAACUCAUCGCAUACAAACGGCACUCGUAAAUACGCGGAUGCUUGA